AGAUCGAAAUGAAUAGCGUUUUCAAAGCAUUUCUAUCUCUGCUUUUAAUUAUUUCAUGCGCAGAUUCUAGUCCAAUCCAUGAAAACUUUAUCAAGUGCAUGUCAACCCAAUUCAAUGCCUACACCAGAUCUUUUGAAAUCAUCUUCACUCCUCGAUCCUCUCUAUAUUCACAUCUUUUGCAAUCAUCUCAACAAAAUUUGAGAUGGGUAAACUCCACAACUUCAAAUAAUCCUCUUCUCAUUAUCACACCAUUCCAUGAAUCAGAAAUCCAAGCAGCUGUUCUUUGCAGCAAGAAUCAAGGCUUACAAGUUAGAGUCAGAAGCGGUGGCCAUGACUAUGAAGGCUUAUCUUAUCUAAGUCAGACCCCAUUCAUCAUUAUUGAUCUCAUGAAUUUUCGAUCGAUAGAAGUUGAUAUUGCAGAUGAAACAGCAUGGCUUCAGUCUGGUGCUACACUCGGUGAGCUUUACUAUGCUAUUGGCAAGGAAAGUAGAGUUCAUGCAUUCCCAGCAGGGUUAUGCCCUACUGUUGGAGUAGGCGGGCAUUUCAGUGGAGGGGGGUUUGGUACCUUGCUGAGGAAAUAUGGACUUGCAGCCGAUAAUGUCAUCGAUGCUUUCUUGAUCGAUGUUAAUGGAAGAAUUCUUGAUAGAGAAGCAAUGGGAGAAGAGUUGUUUUGGGCUAUUAGAGGAGGUGGUGGAGCAAGUUUUGGAGUCAUUCUUUCCUGGAAGAUCAAGCUGGUUAAAGUUCCACCAACGGUGACUGUUUUCACUGUUUCGAAAACUAUAGAACAAGGUGCUACGAAGCUUGUCCAUAGGUGGCAAUACAUUGCAGACAAGCUACAUGAAGAUCUCUUUAUCAGAAUCAUCAUUCAAAAUGUUGGUGGUGAUGCAGGUACAAAUCUAAAGACAGUCCAAGCUUCCUUUAAUUCACUGUUUCUUGGAGGAAUUGACAGACUAAUACCAUUGAUGAAAAAGAGUUUCCCUGAAUUGGGAUUGAAAGCCGGUGAUUGCACACAAAUGGCUUGGAUUGAAUCUACCCUAUACUUCGCAGGAUUCCCCAGAGGAAGCCCCCUGGAGGUCUUACUUGACAAGACUCAACUAUACAAAGCCAACUUCAAGGCAAAAUCUGACUAUGUAACAGAACCUAUACCCGAAGGUGUAUUCAGAGGUAUAUGGAAGAGAUUCUUGGAGGAAGAGCUAGUGUUCAUGAUAAUGGAUCCUUAUGGUGGAAGAAUGAAUGAUAUAUUAGAAUCAGAAAUUCCAUUUCCCCACAGGAAAGGCAACUUGUACAACAUACAAUACCUGGUGAAGUGGGAAGUGAAUGGAGUUGGGGAAUCAAACAAGCAUGUACGCUGGAUCAGGAUGCUUCACAGGUAUAUGACGCCAUAUGCUUCCAAGUCUCCAAGAUCUGCCUAUCUUAACUAUAGGGACCUUGACUUGGGGAGUAACAAGGAUAUCAACACAAGCUACUUGGAGGCUAGUGUUUGGGGUGUGAAGUACUUUAAGGGCAAUUUCAAGAGGUUGGUCCAAGUGAAAAGCAAAAUUGAUCCUCACAAUUUCUUCAGAAAUGAACAGAGUAUUCCUUCCCUUCAUGAAUAAGGGAAAUGGAAAAUCAAACUCAUAUGCUGGAGGAAAG